GAGCUUAACAGCACUUUUAUUUUACUGAAUGGCGAAAGGAAACCUAACUAUAAUACGCCGUACUACAGGUCUCUCUUUGAAGUUUAUAUAACUGCUCGAUUCAACCUUGUCAAAUUGGUGGUAAAGAAUAAAAGGAAAGAGAAGAAAAAGAAAGGUCGAAUUACUUCUGUUUCUUUUCCUUUGUUUCUAAUUUGGAUGAACGCUGUUUUAUUCAUUUAUUUAUUUAUUUAUUUUUAAUUUUUGACUCAAAAUUAUUUAAUGCAAAGCAGAAAGGAAACAAUUGUGAAUUUCAAACAACUGGAAAGCAAAUUUUUACGGAAAAAAAAAAAAUUUUAAUAACAACAGAAAGGAAGAAAUUUUGAAGUAAAAAUGGCCAAAGUUCUGGUAACGUUAUUUCAUUUGCUUUGUUUCCUUAUUACGGGAUUCGGCUUGUAUUACGACACCUUCGUUGUUACUUAUGGCUGGUCAGUCUAUGCCGGUAAAUUACGUUAUGCUACGUACUGGGAUAUCGUCUUACAGACCGUAUAUUUUGGACUGGCACUGGUAUCAGACAUCUACAAUAGCAAGGAUUUUGACAAGAACAAUGCAUUUUCGAACGAAUUUUAUAGCAAAACAAAACUAAUACGACUGGUAAGAUAUAUAUCUUGCGGUAUGGCAUUUCCUCUCGGUAACUUCGUCUGUUUAUCGUUCUGGAUUAUAUAUUUUUUUCAUCGCGAAUUGAUAUAUCCAUCCUAUCUCGAUGACAUUAUUCCGUGGUGGCUCAACCAUAUUCUUCAUUCGGUGCCCAUAGUGCUUCAGUGGUUGGAUAAAUUCUUCUAUUACCAAACGUACCCGAAGAAUGGAGUUUUAGGAAUUCUAGCUUUAACAGGUUGCUAUCAAGUGUGGAUGGUGUGGAUUGCGCAUCGUACGAGGACGUGGAUUUAUCCAUUUCUCGACUAUCUACCGAUAUGGUACAGAAUACUGUUCCUGGCAUGCAUGUGGGGUUGUCUUGCAGGAUUCUAUUUCGUUGGAGAGUUCUUACACUAUAUAUUUUGGACACGCAAAUCGAGAAAGAAUGUGAAAUUAUACUGAAACAUAUUUUAUUGAAAACUGUUUUCUUCUUUUUAAGACAUAUAAACAUUUACAAUGAUAAAUGCAAACAUUUACACCAAAAAUUAUAAAACCGACGUUGUAUCUCUCACACAUACACAGAACUCUCACAUAUACGCGUUUUUAUGUAUCCAUACAUAUAUAUAUGUAUGUAUAUGUAUGUAUGUAUGUAUGUAUGUAUGUAUGUAUGUAUAUGAAUGUGUGUAUAUUUAUGUAAAUGCAUUAGCUGAGAAAUUAUAGGAGUGGCUUAAGGGCCUAAAGUUUCGUCUCAAAGCAUCUAUCAAACUAAACAGAAUUUAAAACAUCCCAUAUAUAUGUAUAUAUAUAUAUAUAUAUAUAGCAAAGUACUAAACAUUCUGGAAGACUUCGGAAAGAAAACACUAAUUUUCACGUGAUAAUUGUAAUAUUAAAAAUCCACUCACUGAUUGAUAAAUAUCAAUACGAAAACGAAAUUUUGCUUACUUAUAGACACGCACAAACACAUAUUCAUAUUCACAUACAGUUAUAUAUACACAUGCACAUUGUCUGAUGCAAGAAAAUGGUAAAACUAAUAAGACGCCUAUACUUAUACACACACACACACCAAUACAUACACAAUCGCAAACUGAAGUAUAUAUGCUAGCACACAACUUAAGCCAUAGGCAUGUAGAACCAUACGUUAAUACAAGUACUUGUGCGCACGCAUGCAAGCACACACGAAUACACAAAACUCUGCAAACAGAUAUUGAAGCAAUGAAUGUGAUGAAGGAUUUCCAGUGUAUCUUCCGAAGAAGAGCAAUUUAACUGUACUGUGAAGUACUAAAAUGAAGCUUUAUGUGGAAAUGGUUCCGUCGUAAAUACCGAGUGUAGUAUUGCUUUUAAAUCCAAGAAUACUCCAAAAAGGAUGACUAUAUUGUAUAAUCUAAUCUAUUUAGAUUAAAUAUCAGCUAUAAUAUUGCGCGUUCUUUUCAACAUCUAAUAAAUGAGGAUUUUCUUGCUUGUCAUAAAUUCUACAUGGUUUUUGGUGAGUUUCCGAUGCCGUGCUAAUUUCGUCUUCAGCAAGGAUCAAUUAGAAAAAGGUGGCACACACAAACAUACAAAGCUUACUUCUGCAAUGUGACUACUCCAUAAAUAAUCCUUGCCUAUUAAAAGGCAAAUGCCUUCAGAAAAGUGUUGUAUAGUGCGCACAAGUCUCUACUGAAAAUCGUGUACUCAAAGAGUGUACUUUUAUCAACAGACUUACUUAUUCAGACAUGAACUCAAAAGUGGCUCAUCUAUACUUUCCAAAUAUAUCUGGGAUUCAAAAGAUAGAGGUGUUCUUAAUUAGAAAUCAACUGGUCAGUAACUGAAAUUGUGCUGACGUAUAUCAACGACAACAAAUGCUCUCGCUGUACAUCAGAGAUGUACAAAAUAUUGAUGCAGCCACUGAACUUAUUCACUUGGUCUUUUCUUGUUUUCAGCAAAACAAAAAAUAUCAUACGACACUCUCAUUGGAUAAUAAUUUUUGUUCUUGAAAAACAAUGCCACGCGCUUCUCUAAACGCAUAUGUACUUCAGAUCUCAUUUUCACCAUCGCUUUUAGCUUCGACAUUUCUCUUUACUUUUUGACCUCUUAGCUUUAAGCCUGCUGCAGUUUUAUAUCUGUUAUCGUACCCCCGCUUCACAACGUGGCUGUGGUCAUGCUGGAGCACCAUCGUGAUUUUGUACAUUUUCUUUGGCUGACUUUUUAGGAUGGUAAGAUUUCAUAUUAUCACUCCUGUAUGUGCUUUUCCGUCAUCUAUACUUCAUGCCGGGCAAUCGGUUCAUCUGAUAUCGUAGAGAAUAGAAUCACCAGUUCCUUUUUGAAGACAUCCACAUCCACAUUGCACAUGUUUCUUUUUUUUUUUUGCGGGGUAUUGAAGAGCUGUGAGGCUUUGAACCCCCAACCUAUUUACAGUACCUCCACUGACACUAGAUGGUUUAGUGCAGU